GGGUGCGAAGUCCUACUCGUUUGAUUAGAGUAGAACUCAUUAUACUGUAUGUUGACGCCUAGUGGGCCAUUUUUGGUAAGCAGAACUGGCGCUGUGGGAUGAACCAAACGUCGGGUUAAGGUGCCCGAUGCUGACGCUAAUGAGAUCCCAUGAAAGGUGUUGGUUGCUAAAGACAGCAGGACGGUGGCCAUGGAAGUUGGAAACCGCUAAGGAGUGUGUAACAACUCACCUGCCGAAGCAACUAGCCCUGAAAAUGGAUGGCGCUCAAGCGUGGAACCUAUACCCGACCGUAGAGGCAAUCGUUGAGUACCAAGUGAUUGAUCUUGGUGGUAGUAGCAAAUACUCAAGUGAGAACCUUGAGGACCAAUGUGGAGAAGGGUUCCAUGUGAACAGUAGUUGAACAUGGGUCAGUCGGCCCUAAGCGAUGGGGAGAAAUCCCUAGCCAAAGUCCCAGAUAUAGUAUGAUAAUGAUUAUAGUGUGUAUGUAUACACAUACUCGCACACACAUCGUUGUGUACUAUCACUACUAUUAUACUUAACGUCAUUAUCCUCAACAAUGAGGUAUAUAUACACCAUGUAUACACACACUCACACACGUAAAUAUAAUCACUUCAAGUAUAGUGGUAGCGGUGUAGUGAUGUAUAUAUAUAUGUAAUACCAUAUAUUCGUGCUCAUUAGCAUGGUAUAGAGGUAGGAGUAUGUAUAUACUAUUGCUUGUACUAGCUGCUUACCAUCUAUAUUGUGUUUAUAGUGUGCUGUUGAUGCUUGAUGUUUCAUGUGUAUACUCAUUGUAUUGAACAAAGGAUUGACAUUUGA